GAAUUUUAUUAUUCAUUUUUGUUGAUUCUUAUGGACACUACAGAACUUUACAUACACGUGAUGUUCUCAUCAUAUAUAACAACAUAACCUUUAUAAUACAACAAAAUCAUAACCUAUAAAUUAUGUUAUUUAUUUAUCAUAAAUUACAAAAUAAUAUAAAAUUUGAUAUUUAUAAUAUAUAAUACAAACAUUUAAAUAUACAUAAUAUAAAUAACAUAAUAAUAUUAUUUGAAAUUGCAAAUAUUUCAUAAAUUGUAUAUAUGUGAAUAUUGAAAAGACAGUGAACAUUGUUACAUUUUACUGAAUAUUGUUAUUUAGUAUUAAAUAAUUUGUAAAAAAAAUGGCACGAAAUGCAGAAAAAGCUAUGACCACUCUUGCUCGAUGGAGAGCUGCACAAAGCAAUGAAGGAGCUAGGAAAGAACAAGAAAGAAGACCAUAUUUAGCAUCUGAAUGUAGAGAUUUGCGAAAAGCAGAAAAAUGGAGAAUGCAAAUAAUUAGAGAAAUUGCAAAAAAAGUUGCACAAAUACAAAAUGCAGGUUUAGGAGAAUUUCGUAUUCGAGAUUUAAAUGAUGAAAUCAAUAAAUUAUUACGAGAAAAACGACAUUGGGAAGCUCAAAUCAAGGAAUUAGGUGGGCCUGAUUAUUCUAGAGUAGGACCGCGUAUGUUAGAUCAUGAAGGUCGUGAGGUACCUGGAAACCGUGGUUACAAAUAUUUUGGAGCAGCAAAAGAAUUACCGGGUGUCAGAGAAUUAUUUGAGCAAGAACCACCACCUCCGCCCCGUAAAACACGCGCCGAAUUAAUGAAAGAUAUUGAUGCCGAUUAUUACGGUUACAGAGAUGAUGAUGAUGGAAUUUUAUUACCUUUAGAACAAAAAGCUGAACAGGAAGCACGAGAAAAAGCAGUACAAGAAUGGCUAGCACAAAAUAAAAAAGAAUCAGAGAUUGAAGAAGAAAUCGAAACAACUGCUCAAAAAGCAAUACCAUCGCAACAAGAUAUUCAGGAAGCAUUACUUGCAAGAAAAAAACAAGAACUAUUAGAGAAAUAUGUACUUUGAUAGAUUUUAUUCUUAGUUUUUAAUGUAUUCAGUAACAACUAUUUAUAAGUUUAUUUGUUUAAUUGUAUUAGAGUACAUUUUUAUAAAACGCGACAGAUAUAAUAAUAAUUAUUAUUAAUUUAUAAGUAAUAACAUUGAUUAAGAUAAUUAUUUUGUGCAGUAGACGUUCAAACUUCAAUUAAUACUUAUCGAGAUAGAGUGCUGUAGAUAAAAUAUAGAUAAAAAUUCAACAUUAGUCUGUUUAUAAUCCUCGCGAUUCUUGAAUUUUUUAUUUUUAUUUUUUUUUUAUUUUUUUUAUUUAUUUUUUUUUUUUUUUUUUU